GUAACACUGAUACAAAAAAAUCAAAAAUGGCGUUCUAUACAGCUGUGGGUUGCGCAAUUUUGAAGUAAAUGUGCAUGAAAUUCGUUAGAUAAAUUAAAUUUUAAGCGAUAUAAUUAUUCCAGACUGUUAAUAUGAUCCAAAUACGUAGUUUGUAGUGUAGGUAUUGUGUUUUGUCUUGGUAUAUUAAACAAAGUGCAAUCCUGUCGUGGACCGUGUAUUUUAUGUGUUGUGGUGAUGUAUGAAAAUUAUAAAUAAUGAAACCGAAAUUGAAGCAACUGUGCAAAUAAUGUUACAAUGAUGGGUACGUUCUGGGUGCUGUUAUUCGUGGCCUUGACCGGCUCACAAUUUGGAUGUGGAUUACCAGUAGGGUCGACGCCGGAGACCUACCCUCACAAUGAGGGACCGUUUGCGUUUGAUGGCUGGGACUCGGGGUGGUAUGCAGUGCCGGCGUUGAUGCUGACGCUUACUGCUGUUGGGCUUCUCUUCGGGUGCACCUGGUGUUACAGACAUAAAGACUGCAAGCCAAACGAGGGAGCGGACAAUCAGUUAUUCGCAGCGAGCGCGACGCACCUACACGAUGUCCGGAUAUCGCAGCCACCCGAUUCGGGCUUCUCUGAGCCGGUCAACAACAACAUCAGCGAGGACAACAACAACGGCCCCAUCUCACUCAGGGAAAUGCAGAACAUCGCCAACAACAACGCAGCGGCGUACAUAGUGAGCGAAAACGAAGAGAGGAACAGAGUGAGCCGCGAGUCGGUCGUGGAGUUCGAGCCGCUGCCGACUGGGCUUGGGGUGGCUGAUCCGCUGGAGCAUUGCGCUGACUGGUUCGGCGACGAUGACUUCCCUCGAAGUAAUUUGCAGUACCUGCGAGAAAUUGGGCGAGGAUGGUUUGGAAGGGUGGUGGAAGGAGAAAUCGAGCAAGGCAGUAGCACAUCAAGCGUAGCAGUAAAGAUCCUUAACCAGAACGCGACGUUGGAGCAGAAGGCGCGGUUCCUGAACGAGGGUCGGUUGUACCGGGAUGUCAGACACGAGAAUCUCCUAGCUUUCAUCGCCAAAUGUGUUAACGAGGAGCCCUGGAUAAUGAUCUAUGAGCUGUGCUCUAUGGACCUACAACAGUACCUAGAGGCGAACCGUCCCAAGAUGGCGAUUCUGAACGACAGCGGCGUUCCGUUGCGGCUCAUGUGUGACGUCACGGCCGCGCUGGCGCACUUACACUCCAUUGGUUACCUAUACGGUGAGCUCUGGAGCGGCAGCGUGCUAGUACGCGGCGCCGCCGACAGCGCCCGCGCAGUGCUGGGCCGGUACAGCUCCGAGCGGCCGGCGUACGACUGCCAGCCGCCGGAGAUGAGGCGGGAGAACGUUACAUACUGCGCCAGCAGUGAGGUGUGGUCGCUGGGGUCGCUAGUGUGGGUGAUAUGUGCGUGGGGAGCGCCCCCGCCGCAUGAUGCGGGGGCGGCGCCCGACCUGCCGUGCCCGUACAGAAAUCAUCUGUACCAAGUAAUCCAAUUGUGCUGGAACCGCACGCCUUCCCAACGUCCGUCCAGCGCCCAGGUGCAAGCGUUGCUGCAACAUCUGGCAAGCAGUCGCCGCGCCUCCAACGACGACGACGACUUCGAAGAACGCUGGCAAAGACUCAAGCCAAACACCAUUCCAGUCCUCGACGAACACGUCGCUAUCAUCCACGCCCCCUCCACUUCCUCUCAAUCCACUUCACACUUCACUGAACCCACACAGGACACGUUGUCCGUAGACAUGGACACAGCUGUGUCGAGGUCCAGCAGCAUCAUGUCCGAUAAAGACCCACUCUCGCAAUACAAAUCCGAAAGCCUUACCAAUCUCCACGGCUCUUUGGAAGACGUGCGAAACAUUUAUCUCACACAUAACGAAAUGGCCGUCCUUGAAUGCCACCAGGGCAAUAUUGGACUAGAAGAUAGAGAGAAGGAACACGACAGAUCUGACUCUUCCGUUGAUCCUUGGCUCAAAGAUAUCAUAGCGGGCAGUCAAGAUGAUGUCAGCUAUUACAGAGAUGUUAGCGACGUCAUUAAGAAUCUCGAUAAUAUUCUCAACUCGGAGAAAACCUCCAGUUCUGAAUCCAGUCACCAAGCCAGUCCUUCCAGAGAUAAUCUUAGCUUAGACUGCAAAAAAGAUUAUCCGAUGCAGUCAAGCAUGGUCAAAUCGCCUGGGAUCACCAAUUUCCAAAAUAUUUUAGCCGCUGGCUUGGAUUCCAAAUCGGAUAGUGAAGCAGGCGAAGACGAAGAACUCGACCGAGAUACUAUCGGGACUUUGAGCCAUUCGUUCGAACGCCACAGUGAUACCACCAGUCAACAAACCCUUGAAAAUAUUACUCCAAUCACCCCUGUCAAAGAUUUUAAUAUGUUUUGUAAGAUUGAAAGUCGAACGAAAACUGAGGAACCAGAAGUUUUACAUGAAAAUACAGUUGUACAAGAAAAUACUGAAUUGCCAGAAGAAGAAAUAGUGAUAAGUGUUAGUGAAAUACCUAAGCUGAAGGAAUUAUGUGUAGCCUCAAUUCCUAGUUUAAGUGAUAAUGAAAAAUUGCAUGCGAAUGAAGACUGUGAAACACCGUGUGAUAAUGUAGAAGAAAGGACUGAUAAAGAAAUUGAAACUAAGUCAGUAGAUGAUAUAGAACAAACUAAUGCAUGUAUUACGCCUGUUGAAGUUAUUGAACCUGUUUUGAUACAAAAUGAUGAACAAAUAGAUUUAGAGAUGGUACAAGAUCAAGUCUUGCCAGAAUUAAGUGAGCCACAUUUAGAAGAAAAACACAAAGACCCAGUAUUUAUUUCAGUAGAGCCUAGUAUACCAGAGGCAAUUACUACUGAAACAAACGAAGUCGAUGAAAAGCGUCUUGAACAAGUUCAAAAAACUAUUGAAGGUGAUACAAUAAUUAAAGAUGUUAAAACGGUAACCAAUGAUCUCAUCAUUGCUGAAAUCACUGAAUGCGAGAAACAAUCGAAAAGUCAAGAAGUGGUUCUAGACAAUGACAAACCUAAGUUAAGUGAAUUAGAUCUGAUAUCAACCAUCAUACAGACACCUGAGUCAGUACAAAAUAUUAAUAGCCAAGAUCUAGUAAAGGCUAUUCAAGAAGAGAAUGAAAACACGAAAGAUAAUGAAAAUAUCAUAGAAAUUACAGAUGUCGUACAAGAUGUACCCAUAAGUACAGAAAUUGUUCAAGAUAUAAUAAAAAAUACAUAUUUUGAACAACCCGUACACACGAGUACAGAAAAUGGUCAAAAUAUAAUAUAUACAGAUGCCAAACAAGAUACGAAUACAGAAAUAGAACAAAUUAUCAAAGAUACUGGAGACGAAAAAGCUGUAGUGAUUACUUCAGAAGCUGAUUUAAAAUCAUCAAAAUUAGAACAUGAAAUCGAAAUAACAGAAGUCGAACAAGUAGAAAACGAACAGUCCUCAAAUAAACAUACCGAAACACCCAUUUUGCCACCUGACACAGUACAAAAUAAUGAUAAUAAAGAGGAGAAAGUUGAAGAUAUUACUUUAGAAUCUCAUAGAGACAUAGAAACUACCAGAUCUGAUUUAGAUGGACAUAAGGAGGAAUCAAGUGAUAGUACAGUAUAUAUGGAUCUCAUUAAUAAUACGAAUAAGGAGCUUGUAAGGAACAGCAUAGAUAGCAACAUUAAAGAGGCUUUACAAUCGUGUACGCCUUUGUCGGCUGAAGAUUGCACUUUAGUUAAAAAUGAUUCUACAGUCUAUUUAGAUUUGCCCAGCACGAUAAAAGAGACGGAUAAUUUUUUACAAAAUGAAAGAAUGAGUAGUCAAAAGGAGGAAUUUAAAGAUGGAGUUAUUUCCAGUACCCCAAAAGGUAGUGAUAGAUCUGAAGAUACGUUAGAAGGGUCAGUGAAAGCCAAUGAAGCCGAUAAAAAUGAGCUUCUUUCCGAAACUAAAGUCCUCGAAUGCGCAUCAGGAGUUACCGCUAUUAAAUUCGACCAAAAAUAUGUUCCCGACUCAUUAAGUCCAUACGAAUCGCCUACAAAAAGCCACCAUACAGAUACUUACGACGAAAACAGCUCUGUAGUUCUAGGCCCUUUUGAGAACUGCACGAUGGAACUGUUCAAGGGCAUUAAAUCAAUCGAUAUUAUAGACUUACCUAAGGAGGAACUAUUAGCAUUUUCGUCCAACUUCAGCGAGAUGAAUCUCGCAACGCCUUCACCAUUGCGAGACGUGAAUUUCCUCAAUGAAGUGCCAGAUAUAGUCCACGACAAUGUCCAAUUCGACGAUUUGGAUUCUAUCAGUGAGCCAAAAAGGGAUUUACCUACAGAUAACACUGAUUCCGCUCAGUCGGCUACUGAGAAGCUCAUGCCACCAUCGACGCCACCGAAUUCUCCCGGAAACUUUCUAGCGUCCACAUCUCAGCAGAAAUAUCUUGUUGAUAUAGAUCUCGACCCUCCACCACCUAUGGAGGAAGAUAUACAAAAGGAGAUAGAGUUAAAUCAGAUAGAAUUACAAAUAACAACGAAGUUGGCGAUGGCUGAGAAUGAGAAUAAUAUGAAUAUAGAGUAUUCUGGGCCGCUGACAGUGGUGGGCGUGGUGUCUGAAGAUUCGAUGGUGUUGCACGAUAGUGAUGCGGUGCCGGAGUCCUUAUUGGCGGGAAACGGAGGGUCCGUGGAGGACUUGAGGGCGAACCUCACGCUCGACGAGGAGUGCGUGAAGGCGCUCCGGAACGAGCUGGAGUUGAAACUGCCGCUUGCGCAGGUGUCAUCGAUCGAGCCUCAACUAGAGAGUGAGUCGGAAGAAGCUGACGUGUCCUCUACAUCGUGGGACACCCCCCUCCCGCCCCCUGAACUAAUCCUGGGCUACCCCGGGGCGCUGAGCCCCAUAGCCGAGGAGACGCGGCAGCAACUCUCCGCGUAUGAGAACGACGCACACUGGAACGCAUCAAUCCGCACGGACUCCUCAGAGAGCUACCCGGAGCCGUGCAACAACAGCACGGACGAGGUGACGUCGCUGCCGUGGGCCGCGCCGGGACUCGAACCCGCGACCUACACGAUCCACAACUCGCCCAACCAUACCUACACCGUACACGCGGAUACCACUAGCAAGGAAAUAACAAUGAGCGCGGACAGCCUCAACGCCAGUCCGAAGAAACCAGAAGAUUCUCCCGUCGACGACAGAACUUACACCAAACACGACGACGAAAAGUCCAAGUGCGAGCGAAUCUCACAAGUGUCCCCUUUCCUCCUCAGUCCCACCACCGACACGUCAGCCCCUGAGGACACCGGCACUGCUGUGUCCACUCUAUCAAGAACAACAGUCCCGACUGACGCUAAAUCCUCAAAACCUUCCGAAACCCAAUGCCUGUCCAAAGCCACAAGCAUCGAUUCUUGGUGCUCCAACGAUACUCUAUACAACGUUGAAGAAAAUUUCGACGACUUAGCCAUGGACCCCGACGGCCCUUUAGAUUUCGAACACGAGAAUCAAGAUAGUGAAAGCAGCGACACGCUGACCCACAACGACGAUAAAGAACUAAGCCAUUGCUCGACGUACAUAGUCCACGACAGCAAAUCUGAAGCGGAAACUUUCUCCCCAGAUUCGAUCACGGCGAACGAUAAUAACACAUAUACGAAAGCGAAGACUGAAGGCGCCACGCCUGUUAUAACUAAAUCUGAUGUAGAUUCGAAAACUAAAGAUUUAGCAUACGAAACUUUGAUGUCCGGUCUGCCGUCCUAUUCGAAUUGUACUACUGAAAUGUUAUCAGCCGAACAUGAUAUUUGGAAGCUGCCACAACCAGAAUUAGUGAGGAGAUCUCCCAUAGGAGACUUACAGUUGUCUCCUCCGAGACCUGUUGAAGAGACUACAUAUUUAGAUGAUAGUCCUAAACUGGGAUCUGAGCCAUGUAUUAAGAAAAUGGAUAGCGUUGAAAUAACAUGCCUACAUGAAAAUGUUAUGGAUAGUCACAAUCAAUCUGAAGGCUCAGAAAACCAAGGGUGUGUAGAAGAAAAUGAAAGUCCAAAUUCGAACUACAAAAGUAUGGCGCCGUCAGUGACAAGUACGCCUAUAACAGAACCGGGUGUUAGUGAGGAUGCAGAGGAGAUUCCCAUGUCGCUGCCGGGCGUCGCUACCACUCCUGAAAUAUCAGAGAACGUCCCCAACUUCCAAGUAUUCCUGCAGUCGGCCGAAAUCCGCCCGCAAGACAUAUCGCCGAACGCGAGCAAUGAAUACCCCAGCAACCAGGACACGGAAGUUUUGCUAGAAGGAGAUAGCAAGACUCUGAGUCGAAACAGCAAUAGGGAUAGUGUAGCACAUGCGGAGCGAACUCCUACGUAUUCCGAUUUUGAAAGUUCGGCGGCUUCGAAACCUCAAGAUGUUCAUUCGAGGGAUAAGUCUAGUCUAAGUUUAGAAAGUGGUGUCAGUUCUGAGGAUUUUUACAAUUUCGAGAGCUCUGUGAGAAAUCGACCUCAGGAUCUGUCUUCUGUCAUAGAUGCUAGCUCCCUAUUGCUAAAAAGUGAGAGAAGAUCGAGUGAAUUGGCAGCUGGUAGUUCGACAAAUGUAGAUUUGGAACACACUAGUCAGAACGGAAGCCAUUCGGAUGUCCUUGAAACGCCUGUAAAUUUAAGUCCGCCUAAUCAUACGAAUUUAACGAAUGCCCACAAUAUAGUCCCAGUUAGUAAUUUUUUAAUAAAUCUCGAUGAAGAUGAUGAAAACGAGCAGCCCCAUUCAAUUAUUAUUACGGAAAGUCAGAAAGAGGUGCCUGAGGAGACUCCGAAAGAAAUAGUAAAAGAGAGCCCCAAUGGGACUUUUGAUUCACAUACUGGAGUAUUAUUUCCGGAAUUAAACAACACUUAUGAUUCUCAUGAACAUAGAACUCCUAAAGUAAAUAUUCAAAAUGAUCAUGAUGAUAGUGGAAAUAGUCCUGGAAAUUGCAACGGAACGAGUGAAGACAAAAAUUCACCCAAUAUUAAUAACUCCAAUAACUUUGAUCAUGAAAAUGAAAAAACCGAAACAAAAGAUAACAACACUCAACCAACCGAGCAAAUGUCUCCAAAAAAUGAUCUAUCGAACGAAUUACUAUCACUCGCACAACCUGAAAAUGCUCUCUCAGAUAGUCAUAAAGUUUCCAGUGUAACUCCAAUAGAAGAAAACUCAGAUGGUAUAAAAUGCAAUGGCAGUAGCGAAAAAUACGCAACAGUACAAUUCUUGAAUGAAACAUUUGAGGAACUAGUCGAGAGCAAUGUAGAUGACGACAAAGAGAAUAUUGCGAACGAGAUGCAACGACCCGCUGCGGACAUUAAAAGUCCAAAUAAAGAUAAAACCAUCGAAAACAAAGAGUGUUCAAGCGUAGAAGUGAAAACGAACGGAGUGAAUGAGAACGGAUUCGAAGAUAAAGAAGUGGCGUCGGUGACGGAAAACUUUUUGCAAAAUGAGAAGAACUAUUGCCAAAUGCACUCGUAUCUACCGCUACUGAACGAUAUCAGAUUCACCGGUCCGGCGUCCUCUAUAAUGAGUACGUCGUUCGUGGGACCCGCGGACGCGCGCGACUGCGCCGCCGACCUGCUCAAGGACUGGGACAGCGAAUCCGACGACCAGUCCAGCAACUCGUCCAGCGGGGAGUUCAUUUGGAAGGACAGCGACGGACACGAGACCCCCGUGGUGACCACCACGCACUUCGACCACCAGCGUAGCGGCUACGGGCCGGCGGCGGAUGGGUCGCCGGCGGGCGCGGGGUCGUGUUCGGGCCAGUCGGGGUCGGGGUCGGAGGGCGACGAGGUGGAGUUCGUGCCGUCCUCCUGGGACUGCCGCGCCGCGCCCGCCAAGUCCGCGCUCCGCUCGCAGGACAACACGCCCGACAACAAGAAGCGCGUGGUGUUCAAGCGGCAGAAGUACCACUGCGUGUACGAGUACCCGCGCGAGGCGGCCGAGGUCGACGCGGCCCAGGCCUACCUGCCCGACCUCUCCACUUACACAGAGUGGGACCCGACGAGCGCAGAAGAAGCCGAGCUGGGCUACGGGCAGCUGUUUGGCGCCAACACUCUGGACUUGUACCCGCUGCGGGCGGGCAUCGCUUUUGGAACAGAUUACGACGAAGACUUCUUCAUCUCGUCGUCGGCGCGUCCGUUCGAGAGCCUUGGCAUCAUGUCCACCACGAGCCAGUUCUUCCCCGGCAUGCACCUCAAGCCCUCCCUCCUCCGACACGACGACUUCCCGCCCCCGCCCUCCCCACUCCCCACCACCCUCACGCAGUCACGCACCCCCUCCCUGGACUUCACCACGCCCGACUCCGGAGUCGAGGACAUCACCCCAGGAUCCACUUCCACUGAUGAAGACUUCAAAACCAAAAAGCUACCAGAACCGGACCUGCAGUGUUGGAAACCGGUCGACAGUGGUAGUUCCAGCGAAUCUGUCAGCCCGAGCUCCCCCGGCGGUGAAGCUUUGGGAGGCUUGAGACAUACCAGAGACAAGCUCAAACUGGACUUGCCCCCCUCCCCGCACCUGCCGUCCCCGAGACACAACAGAGUCUUCAACUUCGUCCUUGACAAACCUAAAAGGCACAGAGUAGAAGAAAUAUCCACCGAAGGAACUACGCCCCUAGUGAUGACAGACGAAACUCCAAUAGUCACGACGUCGCUCCCGCUGCAGAAAGAUGAGGAGCUGCCGCUUCCCGAGCCGACGUUCUCGACAUUCGGUAAAUGCGCGCAGAAGACAGAGCCAGAACAGAAAAUCAUACUCACCGAUGAAGAGGUCACUGACAGCCCUGAGGAGGAAGAGCCUAAAGUCGAAAGCCCUAACGUCGUCGAAGCCGUCAAAGGGGAAGGAACCGUGUUAGACAGUGGUGAUGAGGACUCGGGCAUCGAAAGCAGCUCCAAGGCCACCCUCGAGCGGAAAACAACUCCUAACGUGUCGUAAUUAGAACCAAUGUUAACGUAGCUUUGUUAUUAUAGUCCCUGUAAGACUUCACCAUCCUAUAGCUCGCUAAGAUGAAUCUCGUACAAUGACCUAGUAUUUCUAUCUCUUUCAUGGAGAUGUCAAUGAACUUGUCUAGCGAAUGCAAACGGAAUUCGGCCUCAAAUACAUUCUUGCACAUAGACUUUUACAUAAAAGUUGAUUGGUGGAAGUAAUUGAUUGUAGUUGCCUAAUUCCGGGUGGUGGAAGUCGGGCGCGAACAUAGUGUAGCGUUGCGUGCCCGUUAUAAUGCCAUUACAAUAGCCGUUAGGUUACCGGUAAGUGUUUAAGUUCCAAAUUAUUACAUAUCGGGACAAAAAUUUACCCCAAACCGCGUUUUUAACUAACGACGCACACUAUGAGCCGUAUGGAUUGUUAAAUUCAAUGUUCUCAUGUGUAUGUGCCGCCCAUUCGAACAAUUAGCUUAUAUAAUAUCAUUUAAUAUAAACUCACCUACAGCGGUUUACUAACAGUACUAAAUAUAAAUAAUUUUCGUGAUUACAAUGUUCAUCUGAAGGUACAAAUAACCUUAUUACAUACAGUAGAUGUAAAGCUUGAAUGCGGAUGCGUGAAUUUCAGUGCUUUGAUACAUUUUACAUUAAUAUAUGAAUCUUUUCGCCUAAUUUUAAUUGCACUGAAGUGCUACUAUAAAAGCCGUAACAAUGCACUUACUAAUUACUAUAGAAGUGUAUUAAUUAAAAUAAUUAUUUUCGUGGUAGCACUACAGUGGGCCUAUCCGAUUUUGAACCAUUUUGACUAAAACCGCCCAACCUUAUACUUGCUAGAAUUUUCUAUGUACUUUCUACUUAUUUCGUAAUGUCGUAGUGAAUUAGCUUACGUAAUGCGUACGGAUAUUUGCACUGGAAAAUGUUUUAAACAGGGGUAAUACUAUUUCUGUAAUGAUAAUAUUGAAAAUAGCAAAAUCUGUUACAGAAAACGGUUCGCUAUAAAAAUGGCAGUUAAAAUUUUCUGGCUAAAUAUUCGAACGCAAAUAAAUGUCUAAAUUAUAUAAUUUGUAUUUAGAUCUACGCACAAGUGAGUACGCAUCUUCCAUCUUGUAACCUCGAAUAGAUAAAACUAAAUAGUACCAUUCGGUCUAAACGUCGAGGUUUGAAAGCCAAUUGUUAGUUAAGUGAAAGUUAUAUUAGGUAAGUGUAGAAUUAGACUCGAGUUGGUGAUGGAGCACCGCGAUCAGCAACAGGAGUAUUUCGUUAUUUUAGUUACGUUCUUUAUACAUUGUCAUUAAAGUAGUUAUUGGGAAAAAACAGAUCUGACAGACUCUCGCCUUUUGUUGAAAGUAGAUGAUUUUUGGUUAAAAUCUUUGAACGUGUUUUCAGUAGUCAUCAGUAGCUCUCAAUUCAAAACUAACUUCUGAGAGGUUAUGGCUGAGUACAUUUCGCAUUGGAAGAUAGUGUCGUAUAAUGUAAUGCAUUGUGAACUUUAUGUCCAUUACGUAAAGUCCAAUUUAUUUCAUCUUCACCCUCGCUGAUAUGUGUAAUCAUGCGGAAUUAUUGAAUGUUAUGGAAAUACAGUUCAGUGUAAAACAUAAUACGAUGCUGCGACCGUGUCAGCCUCUGAUUCCCACUAAGACACAAAAUACAAGAAUUACAUACAAUAAUACAUAACCAUGAAAUCUGGUCUGUUGCUGUGUGUAAGUGUGCCACUAGGAUACGUCAUCAUAUAACAUGCAAUACGUCCAAGUGUAAACCUGAUGUGCAAUUCUUCUCAUUUCCAUAUAAUUGCUGAUUGUUUUAGUUUACUCGCUGUAAAUAUAAUUUAAUGUUGCGAAGGAGGAAUUUUUGAAGAUUAAAAUUUAUUGAUUGUAUUAAUUGCUAUACAUGUUUAUUGUUCUGAACAUUAUUUUUACAGUUUUAGAAAGUUUUCGUUAAUGUACAGGUGUAAAUACGUGAUAGAUGUCCUUUUUGUUAUAAUGUAGCGUGUUUAGCGGGCAGGCCCGGGUGUGGCCCGUAGUCUUUCUACUGUCUGAUUGUGUAAUGAACUAAAUAUUAUUUACAUUUCUGUUUUAGAUAUCUCCAAAUUAUCGGUGUCUUUAUAUACAAAACGAGGUAUUAUUUGAAUGAAUUUGUCCGAUAUUAUGAUAUUUAUUUGUAAGUCGUUAUUGAUUUUUGUAUGAGUUGUCAGCCAGUAUUUAGUGAAUGUGAACGCGAAAGAAGUCUUUUCAUAUUGUGACUUUGUCGAGUCUUUUAAAAGUAUUUCUAUGAAAAAAUAAAAUAAUAAAUAAAACUUGUGACUCUAUA